CUAAUUGCUGUUUGCUACUUCACUCUACUUGAUUUCCUCUUCCAAUUUCAUAUUUAUACCAAGUUUCAUUUGAUUCCACUUACAGGUCCAACACGCUCACACCAUUAUCACUCUAAAUUUUGUUCCAAUGGCGAUUCAAAAUUCCCCUGCAUUCACAUAUGAUGUGUUCCUCAGCUUUAGAGGGGAAGACACGCGUCAUGGUUUCACCGGCAAUCUCUACAAAGCUCUGUGUGACAGAGGAAUUCACACUUUCAUCGAUGAUGAGGAUCUUCAGAGUGGAGAGGAAAUCACACCAGCACUUGCGAAGGCAAUUGAAGACUCUAGGAUUGCCAUCGUUGUGCUCUCUAAGAACUAUGCUUCUUCCUCCUUCUGCUUGGAUGAACUUGUAGUCAUCCUUGACUGCAAGAAUAAAGGACUACUUGUUAUACCAGUAUUUUAUAAGGUGGAUCCUUCAGACGUGAGACACCAGAAAGAGAGUUAUGGAGAAGCAUUGACAAAGCGUCAGAGAAGGUUUGAAGAUGUGGAGAAGGUGCAGAAAUGGAAGAUGGCUCUGCGUCAAGUGGCUGAUUUGUCUGGCUAUCAUUUCAAAGACUGUGAUGGGUACGAAUACAAGUUUAUUGGGAGUGUUGUGGACCAGGUCUGCCAAAAGAUUAAUCCUGCUCGUUUACAUGCGGAUUACACUGUUGGACUAGGCCCACAAGUGCUUCGACUAAGGAAGCUUCUAAAUGUUGAAUGUGGUGAUGGAUUCCACAUGAUAGGGAUCCAUGGAAUGGGCGGUGUUGGAAAAACAACACUCGCUUUAGCACUUUAUAAUUUGAUUGCUGGCUGUUUUGAUGGUUCUUGUUUUCUUGGAAACGUGCGAGAGAAAUCAAACAAGGAUGGGCUGGAACACCUCCAAAGCAUUCUUCUCUCAAAAAUACUUGGAGAGAAGGACAUCAAGUUAGCAAGUAAGCACGAAGGAAUUUCAAUGAUACAACGAAGGUUGCAGCGAAAGAAGGUUCUCUUGAUUCUUGAUGAUGUUGACACGUGCGAGCAGUUACAGGCACUGGCUGGAAGCCCAGAUUGGUUUGGUCCUGGCAGCAGGGUCGUCAUCACAACUCGAGAUACACAACCGCUUGCAUCUCAUCAUGUCAAAGAAACAUAUGAGGUCAAUCCAUUGAACAAAGAUGAUGCUCUUCAGUUGCUUACAAGGAAAGCUUUCAAAACGGAACAGGUUGAUGCAAGUUACGUGGAGGUCUUGAAUCAUGCAGUAACUUAUGCUUCUGGCCUUCCAUUGGCUUUGGAAGUAAUAGGUUCUAACUUGGCUGGAAAAAGUGUAGAAAAAUGGAAAUCUGCUAUCAAUCAAUAUAAAAGAAUUCCUAACAAUCAAAUCUUAGAGAUACUUAAAGUAAGCUUUGAGGGUCUGGAGAGAGAAGAGAAGAGUGUUUUUCUUGACAUAGCUUGUUGCUUCAAAGGAUAUGCAUUAAGAGAGGUGGAAGAUAUUCUUGGUGCUAUUUAUGAUGACUGCAUGAAACAUCAUAUUAGUGUGUUGGUUGACAAAUCUCUCAUAAAGAUUGGUUGGUGGAGUACAGUUGAAAUACACGACCUGAUUGAGGAGAUGGGUAGACAAAUUGACCAGCAAGAAUCACCAGAAGGGUUAGGGAAGCGCAGGAGAAUAUCGUUACCUAAAGUUAUAAUUCAAGUUUUAAAGGAGAACACAGAAACUAGCAUGAUUGAGAUUCUAUGUCUUGAUAUCUCGAUAUAUAAGGAAGUAGAAAGACUGGAUUGGAAUGGAAACGCCUUUGGAAAUAUGAAAAACCUUAAAGCACUUAUUAUUAGAAAUUGCAAAAUUUCUGGAGGUCCCAAUUGUUUUCCAGAAAGUUUGAGAGUAUUGGAAUGGCAUGGAUACCCUUCAAAUUGUUUUCCAUCGAAUUUUGAUCCGAACAAACUUUUGAUAUGCAAGUUACCUGAUAGUGAUUUUACGUCAUUUAAAUUCCCCGGCUCAUCAAAGAAGUUCGAGAAUCUAACCGAAUUGAAUUUUGACUACUGCAAUCUUUUAACACAGAUACCUAACGUAUCUCAUCUCCCAAAUUUGGAAAAGCUUUCUUUUAAAGAAUGUGCGAGUUUAAUUGCAGUAGACGACUCAGUUGGUUUUCUGACUAAACUUAAAAUAUUGAUUGCGGAAGAGUGCGCGGAGCUUAAGAGAUUUCCACCUCUCAACUUGCCUUCUCUUGAAGAACUAGAACUUUCAGACUGUUUUAGUCUUGAGAAUUUUCCAGAAAUCUUAGGAAAGACGGGAAAAAUAAAGAAACUUCGUUUGGUUAGACUUCCCAUGAUAAAAGAGUUGCCAGUUUCAUUUCAAAAUCUUACAGGACUCCGAUACUUAGAAAUGACAGGAUGUCAUUUUCUUCGGUUAAAUAGCAAUAUCUUGACGUCUGCAUUGACCCAUUUUAGAGUUUUUGGAUGCAAGGAGUGGAAAUGGAUAAAUUCAAAAGAUGGCGAAGAAGUGGGCUCAACGGUAUCUUCAAAUCUACGUUCGUUUGGGGUUAUGUAUUGCGACCUGAAUGAUGAUAUUUUUUCAGCAGAUUUCACGCAGUUGACCACAGUGACGUCUUUAAACCUAUCGGGAACUAAUAUCACAUUCCUUCCUGAGUGCAUCAAAGAAUUUCAGCACCUGGAUGAUCUUGAUGUGAGUUAUUGCAAGUAUCUACAGGAAAUUAGAGGGAUUCCACCAAAGUUGAGAAAGUUCAGGGCGAAAGACUGUAGAUCAUUGACUUCCUCGAGUUCAAGCAUGUUCUUAAAUCAGCAACUUCACGAGGCUAGAGAGACUGAUUUUAUCUUUCCAGGAGGAAGUAUCCCAAGAUGGUUCGAAAAACAAAGUCGGGGACCUUCAAUUUGUUUCUGGUUUCGUAAUAAAUUUCCCGCAAAAGUUGUUUGUCUUCUUAUUUUAUCUUUACAGCAGCCUGAAUAUGCAGAACUAGUUAAACCAAUGGUGUUAAUCAAUGGCCUACUUCGAGGCUCUUAUGAUUAUAGUUAUUAUUUGAAGAGAGAAGAGGGGAUUGUGGAAUUGGAUCAUGUGUACCUCUUUGAUCUACGAGUGUUACCUUUCCAAGAUGAUCUGAUGGAAAUGCCUUUAGAAGAAGAGUGGAAGCAUGUGGAGGUUACGUAUCAAGGUAUGUUUGAUACCUCACUCAUUAAAGGAAUGGGAAUCCAUGUAGUCAAAACGGAAAGGAGGAGCAUGGAGGACAUAAGAUACGAUUAUCCUUUAUAGCUUUUCUUCUUUUCUUCUUUCGCUUUAUGUUAGCUCUCAUUUUAUUUACAACUCUCAU